AUGCACAACAACGCAUAAGAAGGAGAGAGCUCCAAACAAAGUCCAAAGUUAGCAAUGGCUGAACCCUUUGUGACUGAUAAUAAUUUCGUCAAGAAAAAUGGAGUUUUCAAGGUUUCAAUGUGUGGUGGCGCUCAAGAACUCGAACAGAUAUCGAGAGAUGGCAGCCAAUACAGUUUAACCACCGGGAUCUUACCGUCUCUAGGUGCCAGUAGCAAUCGACGUGUUAAACUUCGCAACUUCAUCAUCUCCCCUUAUGAUCGCCGUUACAGGAUGUGGGAGACAUAUCUAGUUGCAUUGGUGUUGUAUACGGCAUGGGUGUCCCCAUUCGAAUUGGGUUUCUUAGAAAGACCCGAGAGACCACUCUCGGUCAUUGACAACAUUGUCAACGGGUUCUUUGCCGUCGAUAUCAUCCUCACUUUCUUCGUAGCUUACCUAGAUAAAAGUACCUAUCUUCUUGUGGAUGACCGGAAAAAGAUUGCUUGGAGAUAUACAUGCACUUGGUUGGUAUUUGAUGUCGUAUCCACCAUUCCUUCGGAACUAGCUCACCAUUUAUCAGCUCGAUCGACUUUGCCAUCCUAUGGAUUAUUCAACAUGUUUAGAUUAUGGCGUUUGCGCAGAGUUAGCGCUAUGUUUGCCAGGCUCGAGAAAGAUAAGAACUUCAACUAUUUUUGGGUUCGAUGCGCCAAGCUUAUUUUUGUGACCCUGUUUGCGGUACACUGUGCUGGAUGUUUCUACUAUUAUCUUGCUGCGACAUAUCCACAUCCGAAGGAUACUUGGAUUGGGUAUGAUAACGAAAAUUUCAAAGACGAUAAUUUAGGGGUUCUUUACGUGACAUCCAUGUACUGGUCAAUCACGACUCUCACGACUGUUGGAUAUGGUGAUUUGCACGCUCAAAACAAAAGAGAGAUGAUAUUUGUCAUAUGCUACAUGCUUUUCAACCUCGGAUUGACAUCCUAUCUCAUAGGAAACAUGACCAAUUUGGUUGUCCAUGGCACCAGUAAAACAAGACACUUUCGCGACACAAUUCAAGCGGCCUCGAGUUUUGCGCAUCGGAACCAGUUGCCGGGUCGGUUGCAAGAACAAAUGCUGGCACAUUUGUGUUUGAAGUUUAGAACUGACUCAGAAGGACUUCAACAACAAGAGACUAUUGAUGCACUUCCGAAAGCCAUUCGGUCAAGCAUUUCUCAUUACCUUUUCUAUUCACUUCUUGAUAGGGCCUAUUUGUUUCAUGGUGUCUCCAAUGAUGUCCUCUUUCAGCUGGUUUCAGAAAUGAAAGCUGAAUACUUUCCUCCAAAGGAAGAUGUUAUCUUGCAGAAUGAAGCACCUACAGAUUUCUACAUACUUGUUACAGGAGCAGUGGAACUGAUUGUUAUGAAGAAUGGAGUCGAGCAGGUCGUAGGUGAAGCGAAACGCGGUGAUCUUUGUGGUGAAAUCGGAGUUCUUUGUUAUAGACCUCAACUUUUCACAGUGCGAACCAAAAGGCUAAGCCAGUUACUAAGGCUAAACCGCACCACGUUCUUGAACAUCGUUCAAGCCAAUGUCGGUGAUGGGACCAUUAUCAUGGACAAUCUCCUCGAGCAUUUGAAAAACUUAAAUGAUCCGCUUAUGGAAGGAGUGUUGAUAGAGACAGAGAAAAUGUUGGCGCAUGGCAGGAUGGACUUGCCGCUAAGCCUGUGCUUUGCUACUCGCAGAGGAGAUGACCUUUUGUUGCACAAGUUGUUGAAGAAAGGUCUUGACCCGAAUGAAUCGGACAAUAAUAAUAGAACCGCGUUGCACAUAGCAGCAUCAAAAGGAAGUGACAACUGUGUGCUUUUGCUGCUAGACUAUGGAGCAGAUCCCAAUUUCAUAGAUUCAGAAGGCAAUGUUCCAUUGUGGGAGGCUAUAAUAGGUAACCAUGAGACGGUGGUCGGACUUUUAGCAGAUAACGGUGCCACCCUGUCGUAUGGUGAUGCAGGCCAGUAUUCUUGCUUUGCAGCUGAGCAAAACAACUUAGAUCUGAUAAAGAAAAUUAUUCGGUAUGGAGGAGAUGUCACUCGUGGCAGAAACGACGGAACAACGGCCCUUCACGUUGCAGUCUGCGAAGGUAACAUCGAGAUGGUGAAACUUCUAUUAGAUCAAGGAGCCAACAUCGACCAACAGGAUCAUCACGGUUGGACCCCCCGAAACUUGGCUGACCAACAAGGACAUGAGGAUAUAAAAACUUUAUUCCUCUCUGUUAAGGUUCCUGAAGACCACUCGUUCACCCAACCACCACUCCUCGUCUCGAUUCCUGAGGAGAAACGCGUGAGGUUUCUUGGAAGGUUUAAAAGCGAGCCAACAAUUACUCGGCCCGGCCCCCAGGAUUCAGAUGAAGGAUCUUGGAGCCGGUCACGCAGGAGACGAACAACUGAUAGUUUCCAUAAUUCACUUUUUGGGAUAAUGUCAACUGCUCGAGAGGGUGAGACCGGUAUUGACUUGGUGUCACCAAGGCCUAAAAGCAUAAUGGAUGGAGUUGUCGGGCGGGAGAAUCCCAGUAGGGUGGUUGUAAGUUGUCCGGAGAAAGGAGACGUUGCAGGGAAACUUGUUUUUAUCCCGAGAAGCUUUCAGGAACUACUGGAGAUCGGCGUGAAGAAGUACGGUUUUCUGGCGUCAAAGGUUGUAAACAAACAAGGGGCUGAAGUAGAUGAAAUAGAAGUAGUUAGCGAUGGUGAUCAUUUGAUAUUUGUUAGUGAUUCAAGGCCAACGGUUGAGGAAUCAAAUUAGCAAGAGUAACAACAUCAGUUCUAAUCUCUGUAUUUGUUUCGGUUUCUAACUAAUUUCAAGCAGAAGCAAUUAUAUAGAUC